CCUCCAUAACAUAACCUUCUUUCAUCAAGUUCAAGCAAUAUAUCUGUCACAAUCCUAAUUUAUUAUUCUUUAUCUUUAGCUGUCAUCCAGAAAUUAUGGCGAUCAAAGUCCAUGGUAGCCCCAUGUCAACUGCAACCAUGAGAGUUGCUGCUUGCCUAAUCGAGAAGGAGCUGGAUUUUGAGUUUGUCUCCGUUGAUAUGGCCUCUGGCGAACACAAGAAGCACCCUUACCUUUCCCUCAAUCCUUUUGGUCAAGUACCAGCAUUUGAAGAUGGGGACUUGAAGCUCUUUGAAUCAAGGGCAAUCACCCAAUACAUUGCUCAUGUUUAUGCUGACAAUGGCUAUCAACUAAUACUCCAAGAUCCAAAGAAGAUGCCCAUUAUGUCAGUAUGGAUGGAAGUAGAAGGCCAAAAAUUUGAACCACCGGCUUCAAAAUUAACCUGGGAACUAGGCAUAAAACCAAUUAUCGGCAUGACCACAGAUGAUGCUGCUGUGAAGGAAAGCGAAGCGCAAUUGUCUAAGGUUCUUGACAUAUACGAAACUCGAUUGGCAGAGUCAAAAUACUUAGGUGGAGACUCUUUUACACUGGUUGAUUUGCACCACAUCCCAAAUAUAUAUUACUUGAUGAGUUCAAAAGUUAAGGAAGUGUUUGAUUCGCGCCCUCGUGUGAGUGCAUGGUGUGCUGAUAUUUUGGCUAGGCCAGCUUGGGUUACGGGAUUGGAGAAGCUGCAAAAAUAAAGAAUUCAUGAGCUAAUGGAUGAGCAUAUUCCCAGAAGCCUAAUUUCUGUUUCAUCUGUUGUGUUUUCUGUCUGAAGUAGUUGUCUUCUACAAUAAAACAGUCAUAAAAAUCAAUGUCAUUUACUAUGUGUACUGA